AUGUCUUCCAAAGGGUCGAAAUUACAUUCCUUGUUCCGCCGUGACGGAAAGGACAAGGGCAAAGGCAAACAACCCGACAGCCUCGCAACUCAGGGUUCCCGUGCGGGCCGUUCCAGCGUAUCGACAGCACCUGUAGGCGAUACUGGGACUGCUUCAGUGUCCUCCACCCAGAAAACCCCCAAACAUGUUUCUCGGGUCCAGGUGCCGCAGGAGCCUCCGAACAAUCAAGCUGACGAACAAUCGAGUCAGCUGAAGCCAUAUUCCGAGAACUAUCUCAUGUGGGAUGAAGCCCUCAAGUCCUUGGGAGAGGAGGAAAGAUGCACUGUUAAUACUUUGCUGAAAGAUUGGGAUAGCGACCAUCCCAAAAGGGAAGAUUUGGUACACGAGGUCCAAAAGACAAUGGAUGGGGCAUUGAAAAACAAACACCAUGACAGAACAACAUCUAUUGGCAAAUUGCUGUCGGUAUUGGACAAGUUUCUUUCCGCCGUAGAUGUUGCUGUUAGCUUUGACCCUACUCAUGCUGCUCUGUCAUGGGCUGCUGUUCGCUGUGUCAUUGUGCUAAAAGGAGUUGUUCUCGCUGGAAUGGCGGAGGUCACUUCACUCCUUGCUCGAUGUGACAUGUACCAGCUAUUAUACAUGGCCCCGAAACUCACUCUCCGCCCGCCCGAACACGUCUUGGCCAAACUAAAUACAUGCAUUGUCCAAACUUAUGCUGGAUUGAAGUCAUCCUUUGCUUUCGUUGAACGCCAGCAGAGUAGUUUGAAGAUAGGUGAUGUUUUCAAGCUCGAAGAUGCGCGAGCUCAUAUCGAUAAGCUCGCCGGAAGUCAGAAGCAGUUACUGCAAGCUGCAGACGACUGUGAGAAACAUUGUCAUCGGUCAAAUCGAUCUGACCUGAAGAAGCUUCUUGGCCUCUCAUCGGAGAUCCCAAUCAUUCGGCAGCAGGUGUAA